AUGACGGCUAGUUCCCAAAAUCGGAAUGUAGUGUCAACAAUCGUGUCACUUGCCGUAGUAGUGGGCGUAGCUUUGCGUUGGAAGCAGUUGCAGAAAUUAAAUGAUGAGGAAGAACAACCGAAAUCGAGUGCCGUUGCUCCAAAAGAGUCGGAAACUGCCACCACUAGCGCACCCAUUAUGGAAGUCAAGACAAGCACCACAGUUCUAGAAGACGAGAGCUCCAGAAUGGGAAGAAUAUUGGCUCUCAAUAGCAUCACUAUUGCACAUGGUUCUGUCACUGGAACAUGUGAAAAACUUGCAAAAGAGUUGCACGAUACGCUUCUGAAAUUGAACCUAGAGAACCGUACAAUCCAAGUUGGAAAGUUGGAUGAAUGGGAUUGGUGGGAUGAAUUAAUCAAUGACGAAGAUAAUGGUACAGAACCCGUAGCCCGAAUUAACGGAGAUGUCCAUCCUCCCGUUUUGCUCAUCUUGUUGCCGACGCACCACGGUGGGUCUUGGCCAAAAACGGCAAUUUGCUUAGAAAAUGCGUUGGAAGAUUUGCAAAAUGAUUGGAGAAUUGAAAAGUUUCCUCUAAAGAAACUGCACGUGGCUGUGUUGGGAAUGGGGUGUUCCGAUUAUGGAGACAACAGCAUGGGAAAACCAGCAAAAGAAGCCUUCCGGUGUUUCCGAAAGCUGGGAGCACAACUGUAUGGCACGAAGGUCAGAAUUGGAGACGACGCAACUGGGAAUCAGGAUCGUGUCCUUCAGGCCUGGAUUUAUCAUGACAUUAUUCCAAAACUAACAGAUAUGGGAGACGAUGAUGAUGACUUGAAAGAGACUGAACCAGAUGUGAUGGAUAUCGAGGAUAUUGGGGACAACAUGAAUGGCGAUUCAAAGGAAGCACAUGCGGAACCUAGCGCAAAUGAGUUGGGUGUCAUUGAACCGCGCGAAAUGGUUACAAGUACUCAAGCGAAGGCUCUCAAGAAGGAGGGAUAUAAGCUGAUCGGAACCCACAGUGCAGUCAAGCUUUGUCGAUGGACAAAGCACCAGCUAAGAGGUCGCGGCGGAUGCUACAAACAUACUUUCUAUGGAAUUACUUCCUACCAAUGUAUGGAAGCAACUCCUAGUUUGGCAUGUGCGAAUAAGUGUGUGUUUUGCUGGAGACACCACAAAAACCCAGUUGGGAAAGAGUGGAAGUGGAAGGUUGACGACCCGCACUAUAUCGUAGAUGAGGCGGUCAAAACGCAUGUAAAAAUGAUCAAGGAAACCAAAGGAAUCCCAGGUGUAAAUGUACAGCGAUGGAAAGAAGCCCAUACGGUCCGCCAUUGCGCAUUGUCAUUGGUGGGCGAACCAAUUAUGUACCCAAGAAUAAACGAAUUCCUUGGAGACUUGCACACUCGUGACAUUUCUACCUUUUUGGUGACGAAUGGGCAGCAUCCAGGGGCUAUCAGUUCUUUGAUUCCAGUUACACAACUUUAUGUCAGUGUUGAUGCUCCAACGCCUGAGAGUCUGAUCGCUGUAGAUAGACCUCUAUUCUCGGACGCUUGGGAAAGGCUACAGGAAUCGUUAACUCUAUUGAAGGAUAAGGGUCAGCGUACUGUUGCUCGAUUGACUGUGGUUAAAGGUUGGAAUUCUGAUGAAGUUGAAGGUUAUGCCAAGCUUAUCGCAUUAGGAAAGGUCUCUCUGAUUGAAGUAAAGGGAGUAACAUUCUGCGGUAAAUCGGAUGCUUCCAAUUUGAACAUGUCAAACACGCCAUGGCACCACGAGGUUGUUGACUUAGUCCGGAACCUAAAAAAAGAACUUGAUAUUCUUCGACAAGAAGGAGGUCCCGAUGCUCCGCCAGAGUACGAUUUGGCUUGCGAGCAUAAGCACUCGGUCAGUGUCCUAUUGGCUCGAGUCGAUCAAUUUGCGUAUGAUUCUGAAAAUGGCACAAGAAAGUGGAAAACUUGGAUCGACUAUCCAAAGUUUCAAGAGUUGGUUGCUCAUCGGGAGAAAAACCCAUCAUUCAAGUUUUCUGUUAAGGAUUAUACGGCUGAGACUCCCGCAUGGGCUCUAUUUGGAUCAGAAGAAGAAGGUUUCGAUCCAACAGACCAGCGUCAUCGAAAAAAGAAAAAGUAUCCCAAAUACACCAAAUUCGAUGGCCGCGGCAUCCCAACCCAUGACCACGAAAAGAAAGAGCUUGAUCCCAAAGAACGGCAGAGACUGAUAAUGCUUAUGGAGCAGAAACUGAAAGAAGUUGGUGCUGGGACCACAGUCACUGAGCUUAGGGGCGGCGAGAAACUGAUUCAGGAUGCAAGCCUUAUGUUCCGUGGGGAGGUCAUUGUUCGCUAA